UAAUACGCAUACGAUAUAUAUAUAAAAAUAGCGACUUUCAAUAAACGCACUAUACCUAUUUUCAUUCCCCCUCGCAUAUACAUAUCUCGUCACUAAGCAUCGGAAUAUCGAGCAGUAGCCGCCCGAACGAAAAAAAAAAAAAAAAAAAAAAAAAACCCUCUCCCAUACCUAUAGCGGCACAAAGCCGGAAGAGACGCGCAGAAGCAGACUCGCGGGAUUCGCGAAUAAGAAAAGAAUAAGAAGCUCAGGUACAAACACACACUCGCAUAACCUCGAAACAGCAGUGGGGGAAAAGCGAGCGCGAGUAUAGCCAAUAGAUAUCGGCGUAACCUCCUACGCGCUCUCUCUCCCGAUAUCGCGCAUGUGUGAACCGCGUAUACGUGCAUGUGAUACGUAUAUGCACACAUCGCGCGAGAGAGCGAGAGAGAGAAGUAAGGCGCCGCCGCGCGCGCACGCAGUCGUCGAAGACGCGAUCGGAGAAGGAGUAGAGAAAGAGAGAGAGAGAAAGUUCCGCCGCCGCCGCCGCGAUUCCAGAGGAAGGGGUUAUGGUCAAUAAACGCCGCCGCCGAUGCCGCAGAGGGAGCAGCCACCUCAAGACGACGACGCGGCGACCUAUCGCCUUUGGAUAUCGGCUCCGAUAACCGCUCGCGCGCUUGACGCUUUUCCUCUUACCUCAAGAUUUUAUAGGACCGGCUAUCACCUCUCGACGCCGGUGUGUUUCUCCUACGCGUAAUACACGUCACAGUGGCGGCUGGAUACUCAGCUGUAAGCUCGUCUUAUCUUCUUUCUCGGCAGCUGUGCGUCAAUGAGUGCUGCUCCAGAAGUUUACUUGUGCACGUAACGUUAUACGCCAUCGCGGCAGCCGCGUAGAGAGAGAGAGAGAGAGAGAGAGAGACGAUAGCCAUUGUUGUGUUCGCCGAGCGUGAGGGGGCGCACGUUCACCGUUUGAAAAAAAUCGCGGCGACGCUGCAGUAGGACAUUAGAUUAGGUGCAGUUAUUACACUGCAUACGGUACUGCUGACGCUGUCCCUGCAGCGCAGGUGGUUCACCGCCGCCGUCGCUCUCUUGUACAUACACAUACUCGAGGGACUAUAAUUAGUUUACGUGUAUAUGUUGUGUUUACUGCUCAGCCGAUUGUAGUGUGGGAAAGAUGAGCAGUUUCGCUGUUGACAAUCGCACGGCUGAUAAGAGCCUGGAUGCUUCGACUCUGGAGCAAACAGAGAGCCUUAUCUCCAAGAGGUAACAAGUUGCUCGUGUACCCUCCUUCCUUGGCUAUUGUUCGCCGAGAGUUGAGCUGUGAAUAGCGCAGGUGAAUUGUAUUACUGGACAAACGACAACACAGCUGGACUCGAUGUCAGAAACAGUGGAGGAGCGUAACCUCAGGCUUUACCUGGAGAGAAUGAAGAAUUCCAGGAGUAAGGAGUCUGAGGAGCAAGUGGCCCUCAGGAGGAUGCAGGAGGCUCAGAGGAUGGCCAGGCAUAGAGCCAAGAAGAAGCGCUGCCUGGACGAGAAUCUGGCUAGGGAAAUAUCCAAGAUUGCGGAGCUCUCCAAGAUGCCUGACGCCACUACUAUUGCAGAGAUGUCAGAGCUGAACAUGAACAAGAUAUCAGCCGAGCUCAAGCAGAUGAUGGAGAGAGGCAAGGUGCCAGAGCACAUAGUUCAGAUGGCACAGUUGGCUGAAUUUAGCAAGAUGUCGGAGAUCAACAAGAUGUCACAGGACAUGGCCAAACGCUACGAGAUGGAGAAGAUAGCCGAGUAUACCAAGAAUAACGAGUACAUGAAGAUGCAGAUGCAGAUGACGGAGCUGGCUAAGAUGAACGAGAUGAUGAAGAUGUCGGAAAUGGCAAAGUACUCGGAUAUUUCCAAAAUGAACGAAAUUGUCAAAAUGAAUGAGAUGAUGAAGAUGUCUCAGAUGGCAAAAAUGAACGAGAUGGCGAAAAUUAGUGAAGUCCAGAGAAUGAAUGAAAUCGCAAAGUUGAACGAGAUGGUCAAAAUGACAGAGAUGGCCAAGUACAAUGACAUCACCAAGCUGAACGAAAUAGCUCAGAUCAAUGAAAUGGCAAAGGAGAUAGCCAAAAUGAACGAGAAGACAAAGAUGAACGAGAUGAUAAAAAUGGCAAACAUGCAGAAUGACAUAACUAAGAUGCCAGAGUAUUCAAAAAUGGCAGAAAUGGCGAAGCUGACAGAGCUAGCCAAGCUAAAUGAAAUCACUAUAACAAAACUGAGCGAUCCUCCUCAGUCGCAAUCCCAGCAACAGCAGCCUCAGCCUCAGCAAAAGGUGCAGGAAAUUCCAAGGAUUCCAGAACCUGUCAUCACUGUGCCAAACCCAAGGAAUCUGCAGAACGUGCAGACAGUCCAGGUAGCACAGGCCAGCCCGUCGAGUUCUAUAAAUUUUCCAACAGUGCCUGGUCAAGGCAAGUACACUCAGCUGCUUGUCAUAAUCGAGGAACUUGGCAGAGACAUACGUCUCUCGUACGCUGGCAGCCGCAGUGCAGCAGAGCGCCUUAAAAUGGGAAUUCAGCAUGCCAGGAUCCUCGUACGCGAGUGCUUGCUGGAGACGGAACACAAUGCGAGACAAUGAUCUGCCACUACAAUUAGUGAUCACUAUUUUCUAGAGCAUUAUUUUUUUUUACACAGAAAAAUAAGAAAAAAAAUCGCGCUGAUGAACUCGGUAUGUCUGGUACAAUGGUAUUUUGCAGGGAACGCCUUAUUCUCCGCAAAGAUAGAAUCUCCCUGGGACUAGAUAUAUUUUCUACUGCAGGUUCUCGAAUUAUUAUUUUUGAGAGGGUAAAUUUAAUACGGGCGUAAGGUAUUCUAAAUUUAAGCAGAAAAAGAAAUAAAUAAUGAACUAUAGCACACUUUAGUUGUCAAUACUGCUCGAGGUAUAUUUUUAUAUGGCAGCUGCUGAACUACUUUGGAAGAGAAGAGAAGGAAUUAUCGUUUGUUGUAUACAAGAAGCACACGGCUUAUAUAUAUAUAUCGGACGUUGCAAACAAAUUUUAUAGCUAGAGAAAGGAAACGUCACGUGUCUCUAAUCUUUGCGGAAAAGAAAAAUCUCAAAGACUGCGACUAUAGCUUUUGAGCGCUAGUGCGAGUUCGAUAUGAAAGAAAAUUGAGCGCUUUUCCCGAUGAAAGGAAGAAAAUUAAACAGGUUAUACUUGAAUCCUUUUUUUUUAUGAAUAUCGAUGUAUGGAAUUCAUUUAAUGGUUAUACAUGCAUGUGUUAAUUAAGUAAGAAUUAUCAUGCGUUCGUCACAGUUUUCACAAUCAAAAAACGCAGAACAAAAAAUAAAGAAAAGAAUUGUACCUACUAGGGCUAGACAAAUAUAAUAGGGUAUUUCAGUAAAUAAAGUA